GAAGAGUCGCGAGAUUUGGCUCCACCACACUUUCCAGGAUCCUCCCUUCCUUCCUGGUUCCCCUUCGGCCCAGCUUCCCCAGUUGCACGUGUAGUUGUUGUGGUUCUGUCUCACGUGGCCACUGAAGGGCCUGCGUUACACGCCCCGCCCCCAACAUGGCGGCUCCAGUGCCGCGGGCCGCGACCUGCCUCUGCUCAGCUUUGAAUUAUAGGCCUGACUGAGUCUUUGAGGCCAUGGACCAACCUGGGUUCACAGCCUCGCUGGUGGCUGGUGGGGUAGCAGGUGUCUCUGUGGACUUGAUAUUAUUUCCUCUGGAUACCAUUAAAACCAGGCUGCAGAGUCCCCAAGGAUUUAAUAAGGCUGGUGGUUUUCGUGGAAUAUAUGCUGGUGUUCCUUCUACUGCUAUCGGAUCCUUUCCUAAUGCUGCUGCCUUUUUCAUCACCUAUGAAUAUGUAAAAUGGUUUCUGCACUCUGAUUCAUCUUCAUAUUUGAUGCCUGUGAAGCAUAUGUUGGCUGCCUCUGCUGGAGAAGUGGUUGCCUGCCUGAUUCGAGUUCCUUCUGAAGUGGUUAAGCAGAGGGCACAAGUGUCUGCUUCUUCAGGAACAUUUCGCAUUUUCUCUACCAUCUUAUAUCAAGAGGGCAUCCAGGGAUUGUAUCGAGGCUACAAAAGCACUGUUUUAAGAGAGAUUCCUUUCUCAUUGGUCCAGUUUCCCCUGUGGGAGUCCUUAAAAGCCCUCUGGUCCUGGAGGCAGGAUCAUGUGGUGGAUUCUUGGCAGUCAGCAGUCUGCGGAGCUUUUGCAGGUGGGUUUGCAGCUGCAGUCACCACGCCCCUGGACGUGGCAAAAACAAGAAUCAUGUUGGCAAAGGCAGGUUCCAGCACUGCUACUGGGAAUGUACUUUCUGCCCUGCACGGGGUCUGGCGGAUGCAGGGGCUGUCAGGAUUAUUUGCAGGUGUCUUACCCCGAAUGGCAGCAAUCAGUCUGGGAGGUUUCAUCUUUCUUGGUGCUUAUGACCGAACUCGCAGCUUUGUCUUGGAACUUGGCCGAGAAAGGCCGUGACUCAGAGACAGCCCCUUCUCUCAAGAAUGGGUCCUGCUGUGAGAACCAUCUCCCUUCCAGUGAGCAGCUGUUCGGCCAUCGGAACAAAACACGGCGCGAAAACCCAGUUCUACUCAGAUUUCGACACUGAGAAUGCAUCUUCCGUGCUACAGGCUGGUGGGAAUGACGUCAUUAGCCUCUUUGCCAGAGAGAGAAAAUGAUGUCCACAGCGGUACUUGGAACAAUUUUCUCAGAACCCCUUAAUAAAUAAGUGUGGCAGCGCUGAGUCCAGGCCCUACAGAGCCCUCAUUUGAUCUGUAUCUAAUCUUUCGCUUCCUGCCACCUGACGGUGGCUGCAGCCAGAGGCAGAGAUGGUUAUAAUUUUAAAAGAAUGGGUAAAGGAUGGAGACCUAGGGGGGAAAGUUGGGGAUGUGGGUGGGUUUCUCCCCUGGGUUAAUUCCAAUUGCAUAAGCUCACAGCCUAGUGUAAAAAGAAUGAACUACAGGUGCACAGUAAGCUGCUGUUCUUAAUUACCCUCAGAUUUCACUCGUAAAAACACAAUAGUGUUAUUUCACAGGCAAGUGUGCAGCAAGCAGCCCAUGUGGGGUGUGUGUGAGCAAGAAACCAGUCGUGGCGCAGGGACUAGGUGGGCCCAACAGGCGAUGGACCCGCUGUCUCCACACCAGACCCACAGCAAGGGCUGGGACUGGCUUUGCCAAUAGGGUGGUUUCAUCAUCCCAAAUCAAUCAGGUUUGUUGCUUGGAGUUUUAAGCUCAACCCUGAUAAAUCUAAGAGAUGAAAUGGGAAGGUCACCCCUUUGGAGCGCAACUAAUAAGCUCCAGGUGUUAGAAAAAAUUCAGAGAGAAAUCUCAGGAAUCCAGUGGUGGUGUCCUGUCUUCCCUGGAGCAACUGUAUAUAAUUCUGCUUUGACUAAAAUUUUUUUUUCAUUUUUGGGAGCGAGCAGUGGGGGAAAAAGGUAAUUAAAGGCAGAAUGUCUGCUUUUAUAAGGGAAUCUCUGGAAUUAAAUGGGAUGAAGCAAUGCUGGUUAAUGUAAGUAUAAGAAUACCCUGACCACACACCUAACAUUUUAUAAAUGAACCUUUAUUUAUUAAAGACACUUCAAUGCCACUUGUUAGACACUUCAAUAUUUUACAUGUUUUUCAAUGUACAUUGUACCAAAAUUUCUAUAAAUAAAUAACUUUGUACAUAAAAGUAAUACUUCCUCUUUCACAUUGCCUCUCAGAAGCAGCAAAUUCACAUAUUUUGUGGAAGUAACAUUUUAAUUAGUUAACUGUUGAAAACAAAAUUCUAAAUGUGCUUGCUUACCUCUUGGAACAGUGAUGACAUCUGACAGUAAAACUGAACAUACGUAACCGUUUUGUCAAUACUCCUUCAGCUUUUUGACUAAAGGGAACUUUGCUUUCUGAGAUUUUAAGGGCCUUUGUUUCAACUUAAUUUUUCCUGAAAUACACACUGGCACUCACAAGAUGGUUAGCUACAGGUCUCAAAAAAGUGCAAAUAUACCCAGAACCCAGGUGAAAGGCUAAAUCUCUUCGAGUCCAAACCCGGGUCCCUCUGUGCGAGGGAAGGAUGCGGCUGGGCUUGCUCGCAAUCCUCAGUAGAGACACCCUAGCCCUGAAAUGUAGGGACUCAGUUGUUUUUCUCCCCCAAGGGCCAAUGUAAGAUUAAUUAUAUUGGCAGAACUAACACAUCACUAUUGAAAAAUCCACAGGUACCAACACCAGCAGCCUCUAUCUUAUUAAAAAGCCUCAAAUGACAGGUGAGUGACAACUGACAAAACCACAUUUGCUUUCACCACAGAAGGAAGAACGGCAGCACGUCACUGUUUGAACCAGUUGCUUGUGGUGGAUUCACAACCCCUGGUUUUGCUUGUUACAGAGAGAACUUAAACCUACGAGAAGUCCUUCACGGCAAAGAAACACGACAUCCGCACCUCGGCUCCAUAGGAAGGUCGCCACAAGGUCAUCCACA